AUGUGGCUCUUGGACUUGAAGAACGGCAAAUACGGCAUCGACAAACUCUGCCGCCUGAGAGCUUUGUUGCCGGCUUACCGCAAAGCCGAAACAUACCUCUCUUCCUCGCUCCCCAUCAUGCCGUAUGCACGAAACACGACCGCCGAGCGACUAUCCAAUGUACCUGUGAUGCUCUCGACCAACUUUGUCCAAAUCUACGCCGUGUCCGUGUCCGUUCACAUCGAGUAA